UUCAAACCAAAAUCAAACCAGUCCCCAUAACCUCUCUCUCUCUCUCUCUCUCUCUCUCUCUCUCUCUCAUCAUCUACUACUAUAUAGGACCUCCAUGGCUCCAUGCAUUGCACAGGAGAACAAAUUCAACUAACACUAUCAAGAUUUCAAGAAUGGAAAUUCAACAUCUCUUUCUCUCUCUAACCUCUCUCCUCUGUCUCUCCAUCCUCCUCUUUCCACAUUCAACAGCGGCUGCCCCAGUAGGAAUCUGCUACGGCCGCGUCGCCAGCAACCUCCCUCCACCGUCCACCGCCGUCGAACUCGUCAAAUCAAACGGAAUCGCCACCGUCCGUCUCUUCAACACCGAUCCCGAAACUCUCACGGCGUUUUCCGGCUCUGGAAUCUCCCUCAUGAUCGGAAUCCCCAACGAAAUCCUCCCUUCCCUCGCCAACGGCCCCGUAGAUUCCUCCCUCCACUGGCUCCAAUCCAAUCUUUUCUCCCACGUUCCCCCAAAUCAAAUCCGGUACAUUGCCGUAGGAAAUGAAAUCCUCCUAAAAGACACGUUUUAUAAUGCCUACCUAGUUCCUGCCAUGCAAAAUAUGUACAAAGCUUUACAAACCUUAAACCUAGCCGAUACGAUCAAGCUCUCCUCUGCUCACGCAGCUUCUAUUCUUUCCAAUUCAUACCCUCCCUCCGCCGGAGCUUUUGAUCCAAAUUUCCUACCCAUUAUGAUUCCUCUCCUGCAGUUUUUGCGCGAUACUCAAUCGCCGUUGAUGGUGAACGUUUACCCAUACUUCAGCUACGUAAACAACCCACAAGAUGUAUCGCUAGACUCUGUUUUGUUCCGUUCAACCAACAUCGCAAAUGACCAAAACAUGGCUUACGACAACGUCUUUGACAUGACCGUCGACGCGUUUGUGUACGCGAUGGACAGGGAAGGGUUUGCCGGGAUCCCGGUGGUGGUGACGGAGACGGGGUGGCCGACAGGCGGUGGAGCGGCGGCGAGCGCCGAGAAUGCUUUGGCCUAUAAUGGGAAUGUGGCGAGGAGAGCUUUGGAGAACGUGGGUACGCCCAGAAGGCCUGGGGUUGGAGUGGAAGUGUUCUUGUUUGAUCUGUUUGAUGAGAAUGAGAAAGAUGGGGAGGAAUCUGAGAAGCAUUUUGGGGUUUUUGGUGUUGAUGGGGUUAAGACAUAUCCCCUUAAUUUCAACUAAAAUCAACUCCUAUGGUAUUGUUUGCUAGCUUCCACUUUGUACUGAAACAGAGUGUUAUUAUAGGGCAUGUUUACUAGGUUUGAAACAGGAAUGCUAAAGUACAUUCAUCAGUGAAUAAUAAUAUAAGUUGGUAUUUUGAUGAUUCAA